CGAAAAUGUCGCAUGGAAAAGAUAGUAUGGUGAUGCAGUCACUUACAGAUUCCAAAAUUGAUAUCGAGAAUAGUGAGAUUCUGGAUGAUAUGGAAACAUUAGAAGAGAAUAACUCAUCCAUUUCACAUCAUCCAUGUGGCUCAGAUCCGGUAUAUCAGGCUUAUUUUACACAUAUGAAUGCUGGUCGUUUAAAGGUUUGUUAUAGAUUACAUGCGGAAAUUUGCAUAUGUUAUAAGCAAUCAUUUAUUUUAACCUUAUGCGCGUGA